AUGAAUAGCAAAACACCCAAAGAUGCUACCUACGAGAUCACAGACUCGACAGAUUGGCUCGAAACACCACUAAAAUCUCUUUCCGCCGUAGAAGCCGCCCUUCGAUGUCAGAUUUGCAAGGAGUUCUACGACACACCACUUAUCACAUCUUGUGAACAUACAUUUUGCUCCCUCUGCAUUCGCCGAUGUUUAAACCAAGAUGGGAAAUGUCCUGCAUGUAGGAAAGAGGACCAGUCUAGUAGACUGCGGCAUUGCAAAACCCUGGGUGAGUUGGUUCAAAGCUUCAAGCUCGCAAGACCAGAGGUCUUCGCUUUCGCAACAAAGCCAUCAGCAACAUCCCCAACGAUGCCGCCGAACCGUAGUCGAGGUACGACGCCGGAAAUGCAAGAGGAUGGAGAGCCUUCUAGGAAGAGAACGAGGUCUAGCCGUCAAACACGGGCUAAAUCUGCGCAACAAAUGAUUGUUCUAGAUUCAGAUGAAGAUGGGGAUUUUGUACCUGAAGAGAAGGAAGAACAUAAUGACGGCCGGGUGGAGUGUCCCAUCUGUGCAAAACGUGUUAAAGAAGCAUCCAUAAAUUUACAUAUCGAUCGAGGAUGUCCCAAUGAACCAUCUACACCAAAGUGCGAAAAGCUUAAGUCAAUAUCUAGCCCGUCGAGACGAGGGCAAAAGAAUGCAGAAAAGCCACUCGAGCGAUUGGCUCAAGUGAACUAUGGCAUGAUGAACGAAAGACAGGUUCGAAAAAAAGCGAUGGAUCUUGGACUUCUUGGACAUGGCAGCAAGCCAAUCAUGGAAAAGAGAAUCACAGAAUGGGUUACUCUAUGGAACGCCAAUUGCGAUGCCACAUUUCCAAAAAGUAAAGCAGAAUUGAAACGGGAUAUGGAUACCUGGGAACGAACGCAAGGCGUAUAUGCACCUUCUAAUUCGACUGGGAACCAAAUAAAAAGUAAAGACUUUGAUGCAGCUGCUUGGUCUAAUCAACAUGAUGCUAAUUUCAAAUACCUAAUCGCGAACGCGAGGAAGAAAGCACAAGCUGCGAAGGCGGUCGCAACAACAGAUGAUAAAUCUGAAUCUGCUUCGAUUACCGGGCAGUCUUCCUCAAACAAGUCAGGCCCAUCAAUCACCUGGCAGCCUUCCGAACCUCAUACCGGAAACAAUACCAGCGCAUAUGAAUCAUCAUAUACAGCAUCAAAAGAAGACUACGAGACGCACACGGAAUCUCAUCAGCUAUUACCAACAGCUUCCGAAAGUCUAACCUACCCACCUCCAAACUCGACACAAGAACCAUUGGCAAGUUCUGCUUCGAACAAUCAACAACCUACAAGCAACGCAUCGAAGCCAGGAGUACCAGAAACGAAAAUGUCACUCUCCCAACGAGAACGAUCUGAGAAGCAUAACCCGAAUUGGCCAUUUGUUCACUCAGACCGGCCCGUUCCUUUUAUGGAGCCACAAUAUAUAGAUGGGUCAUGGCAAGCCGUCCAAACAAGGCCUCAUAAAUACCCAAUUCUAACCUACGGGGAGUUAGCAAUACAAGAACGAGAGCAAGAACAGCGAGAACGAAAACAACAAAAUAUGCCCGGCCUACACACCACAAGCCAGCAACCUCCUCCUAAACGACCUUCACAAGACACAAAUAGUAUCCCAGUAAAUAAGAGUGGUAUAGAAGCCGUGGUUGGAAUAGAUAAUCCUACAUUUACGAAUAUACAAUACUAG